AUGCAUAUUGUUUUGUUUCUCAUCGAAUCGGGAAUUCAUCGGAUAGUUGGUUGUAAUCAGGCUGCGUGUGAAUGCAACAGUCACAAUUCUCCCAGUCACGAUGCUUCAAGGGCCACCUUGUUUGGCUUGCGUCUCCUUUCGCAAGUGCUUUCCAAUCAGAACCUUCUUGUUUCACUUGCUCGAAGAUCCGCUACUUUGCCUGAUGCCUUCCUUCACAAUCACUUUGGUGAAGCUGCAGGUUCUGGUCUGGCGACAAAGCCUCUAGUUCCAGUUCCAACUUCACGUCUCCUUAUCAACCUCAACCAUCGUACAGGAAGGCCUGACUUUUUAGCCAACCUGGCUCUAAUUUGUCAAGCGUCGGAGGAUUUCCCAGAACAUUGCUCUCUGGCUCUCGACAUUCUGGCCUAUAUAUCGCGGUCAAUUUCGCCUCACUCAUCACUUAUGACCCUCAUCAUGUCUCACCCGGCCCCACAGAUAAAUUCGACUUCGUAA